CUUAUGUCUGUAGGUUUGAGCUGUCAAUGAACAUUUAGAAUUUUAUCUAAAUGUUCAUUGACAGCUCAAACCUACAGACAUAAGAAGAAAUUAAUUUCGGGCUGUAGUGCACGAUAUGCGCACACAGCAUCCAUAUUAACAAAUAGAAAAGUGUUAGUUACUGGUGGAGUUGGUGCUCCAAAUACUGCUGAGUUGUAUGAUCCGUCAACAGAAGCUUGGACAACUACUAAGAGCAUGAAUAUUGAACUAUAUGAGCACAGAGCAGUUGUAUUAACAAAUGGAGAAGUGUUGGUUGCGGGUGGAUUUGGCAGCGGUGAAAGAAAACUCGUCAAAGCGAAAUUAUGUUCGUGCAACGACAAUUUUGCUAGGAAACUAGCCUAA